UUAGUAUUAGUCCGUAAUAACAGGAUGAAACUUCCUGCCUACUAACUAACUAUAAAUUUCAGUAUAGAGUCAAUAGACAUUUGAACUGGAAAAGUGACAUCAUGUCCUUAAUGGAAAUCUAUUGCAGUGAGGCCCCUCCCUGUCCCCAUGACAUCAACGGGAGCUGUGUUGCUUUCUUCCCGAAGAACACGGCGAAUCCGUUCUUACACAUCCAACACCACUAGGAGAACCGACGGAAACAGCUCUUGCUCGCCGUUAUCGAUUUCUACACAGGACAUAAACAGACUUCUUCUCGACCAGAAAACAUGAGAGGUUGUUGACACUCGACUUGGCCACUAGCAAAAGGAAAGCCGGUUCAGGAAAGCCUGAACACAGCAGUUGGUGUGUAGUAAUAGGUCCAAAAAAUGGCAGCUCAUCGAAUCAGAGCCACCGCCACCAACAACACUUCUCUCCCGCGCUGCAAGUCCGAGGGGACGCUCAUCGAUCUCAGUGAAGGAUUGUCAGAAGCCAGUCUUACUGAUGUCAAAGUGCCUUCUCCCAGUGUCUUACGACUGGACACGACUGCCUCCUUUGGUGCUGCAAGGGAAGUCAUUGCCAUUAAGGACUACUGCCCAUCAAGCUUCACCACCUUGAAGUUUUCUAAAGGGGACCGCCUCUAUGUUCUGGACUCAUCGGGAGCAGAGUGGUGGUAUGCCCACAAUAACACAGAGAUGGGUUACAUUCCUGCACCGUAUGUGCAGCCAGUCAACUACAGAGACUCAUCCUUCAGUGACAGCGGAAUGAUUGACACUGUGGGAGAGUGUAAUGAGGAGGUAGCUAAGGAAAUGGACUUACUGGGAGAAUGGGCUGAGGUAAUUUUGAAACCAACCACCUUCCAAAACGGAAAUCCUUUUCCAACAACAACAACCCAUACCUCUACAAACCCUUUCUUAAACGGAGGUCCUCAGAGCUCACUUGAUCAAAAUAGUAAUGAAAAAUCAGUAGACCUCCUUCUGUUUGAUACCAACACAGUGGCCAACUCCACCAGCAGCACCUCAGACAUUAAUGGUUUUGACAGAGAUGUUUUUAAGCUGAAUCCUCUUAGUGAAGGGGUGGGACAAACUUUGCGCAGGGAUAACCCGUUUUUUAGAAGCAAACGGUCCUACAGUCUGUCUGAGCUGUCCGUCCUGCAGUCCCAGUCUGAAACACCAUUAACCUGCAAUUUGUUUGGAGGCCUCAAAGCACCAGUGCCAGAGCAAUUUCAAAGCAGGGAGGAUUUCCGGACAGCGUGGCUCACCCACCGCAAGCUAGCCAGGUCCUGCCAUCACUUGGACUUGCUGGGUCAGAACCCAGGCUGGGGCCAAACACAGCCGGUGGAGACUAACAUUGUCUGCCAGCUAGACAGCACAGGAGGGGCUGUCCAGCUUCCAGACACCAACAUCAGUAUCCAUAUCCCAGAGGGCCAUGUGGCCCCAGGUGACACCCAGCAGAUUUCAGUCAAAGCACUGCUUGACCCGCCGCUUGAGCUGAAUAAUGACCGCUGCACCACUGUCAGCCCUGUGGUUGAGAUUAAACUCAGCAACAUGGAGACCAAAACUACAAUUACCCUGGAGAUGAAAGUGUCUGUUGUGGUGAAAAUGGAAAGCAGGCUGAUGACAGAAGUCUUGUGUGUCAGGAGUGAUUGUAAAGAAGGACCUUACGCUCCCAUUCCUCAGGCCUACAUGUAUGGAGACACAGUCCAGGUUUCCCUGGAUAACCUGGAGCCAUGCAUGUAUGUGUGUGUUGUGGCUCAGUCCCAGUCCAUAUCUUCAGACUCCACAGUUUGGGAGCACGUGGUUAAAAAGAUCACCUUAGGAGUAUAUGGUCCCAAACAUAUUCAUCCAUCCUUCAAGACAGUCGUGGCUAUGUUUGGCCAUGAUUGUGCUCCAAAGACAUUACUGGUGAGUAACAUAGGCAAACAGGUGCAGUCUGCACCAUCAGUAGUGCUACAGCUCUGGGGUAAACACCAGUUUGUCCUGUCCAAGCCCCAGGACCUCCGCAUUGGAGUUUACUCCAACAUUGCCAACUAUGAGGUGAAGACUAGCAACCAGUCAACCAGAGUGGUCCAGGGCUUCCAGGUUAAGCUAGGAAAAGUCAGCAGGCUUGUCUAUGUCAUGUCCUCGCGCAACACUGAAGAUGUGUCUGAUUUCACCUUAAGAAUCCAGGUUAGAGAUAACCAAGAUGGUAUACUGGCUCAGUUUUGUGUUCAGACACCAACACCGCCACCCAGAGCAGGUCCAAAGAUAUCAAUACAACGGCGUUUCCUGAAGAAGAAGGAAGUCGGGAAGAUAGUCUUGUCACCUCUUGCCAUUGCCACCAAAUACCCUGUUUUUCAGGACAGAAGAAUAAAUAACUUGACAUUCGGAAAAUUAAUCAAAACUGUCAUCCGACAAACAAAGAAUCAAUACUUGCUUGAGUACAAGAAAGGAGACUUUGUAGCUCUGUUAAGUGAAGAGAAGAUCAAGCUGAAGGGGCAGUUGUGGACAAAAGAAUGGUACAUUGGAUAUUAUCAGGGCAAAAUGGGAUUUGUUCAUGCCAAGAAUGUGCUUGUGGUUAGCAAAGUUAAGCCCAUUUACUUCAGUGGGCCUGACCUCACCACUUCAUUGUUGCUGGAACAGAUCCUGAAGCCCUGCAAAUUCCUCACGUACAUCUACGCCUCGGUCAGAACUAUACUGAUGGAAAACAUUGGUAACUGGCGAGCAUUUGCAGAUGCCCUGGGAUACGUCAACCUGCCCUUGACCCAUUUCUGUCGGACAGAGCUGGACAGCGAACCUGAGAGGGUAGCAUCAGUGCUGGAAAGGCUGAAGGAAGACUGCAACAAUGCAGAGAGCAAAGAGCGGAAGUCUUUCCAGAAAGAACUCCUUUCGGCCCUGUUGAAGAUGGAUUGUCAGGGUCUUGUGGUCAGACUGGUCAUGGACUUUGUCCUCCUGACUACCGCCGUGGAGGUGGCUGGACGCUGGAGGGAGCUGGCUGAGAGACUUGCCAAAGUUUCACGCCAGCAGAUGGAUGCUUACGAGGCGCCACAUCGUGACAAGAACGGGGUGGUUGACAGCGAGGCCAUGUGGAAGCCAGCAUAUGAUUUUCUGGUCACGUGGGCUGCUCAGAUUGGCGACAGCUACAGAGACAUAAUCCAGGAGCUGCACAUGGGAUUAGACAAGAUGAAGAACCCCAUCACCAAGCGCUGGAAGCACCUAACUGGCACGCUUAUCCUAGUCCACUGCCUGGACUCCCUCCGGAGCUCUGCCUUCAGCUGCACCACUCAGGAUGAUUAUGCCAUCUAAAGUCUCUCCUCAUGACUCAGUGUUCAUACCGCCGGUGUUUCCCCACACCAGUUCACCUUUCUCGUUCAUUACGCAGUUUGAAAUGCUGCAGUCAGCUCAGUCUAAAUGCCACUACUGCUAUCAUAUGUUGCUGUUUUGUUCCAUGCAGCACUGCCUUCAGCUCCUCAUGCCCAGGGGAACAGCAGCUGCUGGCCAAACAACACAGUGAUGUGUAGAGCUCACAGUAUUCACAAGACUUUUUUAGUAGUUCUUGUCUUGCAUAGUUGUCAUUUUGUACUCUUAUUAUAGCACAGCAUUUUUUAAAAGCAAUACUUUGAACCCUUUGUUUAAAAACUGUUGAUUGAAUGCAAAGAAAGAGGCUUUUUCAUGAAAAGACAUGUUUCCAUUUUUUUUAUCUUUACUGUAGCCUUGUCAAGUGUCACAUCUGUUCUAUUUAUUUGUACAUGGAAGACAAAGAUUACUUUUUCUUCUUCAGGUUUUCUCUUAGAUGGCUCUUUUCAGUUCUUCUGUCAGAAGACUUGGUACUGAAGAAAAUGAAACAAUUAUUUAAUCUUAUACACCAUGUUUUAAACAAGCUCUCCAUUAUUGCAAAUUAAAUGAAUUGUCAUUUUACAGAAAAAAAUAAUCAACAACAGAUUAAAUAGUUGAAACUGAAUGAUUGCAGCAUGAAUUCAAAACAUCAUUGUUAUUGUUAUUAUUUGUAAACAGUCAUUUAAAGCAGUCUCAACACAAGAUUUAUUCUCACACUUGUUCUCGUGCUUUUGACCAUAUCACCUGGUCUUUAUCAGCACUUUCAGUUUGCUCAGUUGCUCUGAGAAUUUCUUGAACUUUUCAUCCAUAUUGACUUAAACCAUCUGCUUAUCAGAACCAAAUGUUACAACUGAAAGCUCCAGAACAACCAAGUAAACUGUGAGUUGAAUUUAUUUUGUCAACAAUGACUGUUAUUUUUCAUCAAUCAAUCAAUUUAAGUACCGUAAUUGUUAUUUUCAGCCUUAAGCUCCAUAUAACAACUAAAUAUUAGCAACACAUUUUCAGCUCUUUGCUGUCUUCUGUCUGCAUUUCUUUUGUCUGAGGUAAUUAUUAAAACUUACCAAAGCUUGCCAAAAAUGAAUACUCUAUACUGAUAACCAUGUAACCAUGUUCAGACCGCUGUUGGAAAGAUGUUGUCGGUCAAAGCAUCUGGUUAGGUUUUGUCUCAGUACUGCAUACUGUAUAACAUGGUAGUAGUUUAGAAACUUUUUUUUGAGUUGCAUACUUUUGUGGAAAAGAAAUAAAAUGUAAAUAUUUAUAUACA